UGUGAAUGCUUACAUAUCCAUUGCUCAAAAGAAUUCAAUUUAGAUGUCACAGCGCUUGCUUUCAUCUGAUCAAAAAAUUGGAAACAUGUUUCGCCUUCUUGUAUGUGUUGGAUUGGCUUUACUGACAGUGGAAUCUACAACUACUGCACAAUCAACUACAACUGAAGCUCCAACAACUACAACGACUGCAACAACAACUAAGACAACUAUCACACCAACAACUUCAACUCCCGCACAAACAACUACAACUACUGCACCAACCACUACUGCACCAAAAACUAUAACUAUUGCACAAAAAACAACAACUAUUGCACAAACAACUACAACUGAAGUAUCACCAACAACUACAAUUAUUGCACAAACAACUACAUCUGAAGCACCAACAUCUACAACUACUGCACCAAAAACUACAGCUACUGCACCAACCACUAAAACUGAAGCACCAACAACUACAACUAUUGCACAAACAACUACAACUGCUGCACAAACAACUACAACUAUUGCAAAAACAACAACAAAUAUUUCACAAACAACUACAACUGAAGUAUCAACAACCACUACUACUGCACCAACAACAGCAAUUAUUGCACAAACAACUACAUCUGAAGCACCAGCAACUACACCUACUCCACCAAAAACUACAACUGAAGCAUCAACAACUACUGCACCAACCACUAAAACUGAAGCACCAACAACUACAACUAUUGCACAAAUGACUACAACUGAAGCAUCAACAACUACAACUACUGCACCAGCAGCUUUGCCUCAAAUCAAUUGGGUAAUCCAAGUUUGGGAUGCAAAAAUUUGCGAAAUCCUAUAUUGGUAUGCAGAAACGUUUUUAUGUGCCAGAUGGUAUUAUAUAAAAUGUUGUCAUUACCCAAAAACUACAACUACUGCACCAACCACUAAAACUGAAGCACCAACAACUACAACUAUUGCACAAACGACUACAACUGAAGCAUCAACAACUACAACUACUGCACCAGCAGCUUUGCCUCAAAUCAAUUGGGAAAUCCAAGAUUGGGAUGCAAAAAUGGUUGAAUUUGGCAGAUGCUAUUAUAAAAAAAUCUGUCUUUACCGAAAAACGACAACUACUGCAUCGACAACUCCAACUGAAGCACCAACAAAUACAACUACUGCACCAAAAACUACAACUGAAGCAUCAACAACUACUUCACCAAAAACUACAACUGAAACAUCAACAACUACAACUACUGCACCAACGACUACAACAACUGAAGAACCAACAGCUACAUCUACUGCACCAACCACUACAACUGAAGCACCAACUAAUGCACUGACAACUACAACUGAAGCAUUAACAACUACAACUGAAGCACCAACGACUACAACUGAAGCACCAACUACUACAACUGAAGCACCAACAACUAUAACUACUGCACCAACAAAUACAACUACUGCACCAAAAACUACAACUGAAGCAUCAACAACUACUUCACCAAAAACUACAACUGAAACAUCAACAACUACAACUACUGCACCAACGACUACAACAACUGAAGAACCAACAGCUACAUCUACUGCACCAAUCACUACAACUGAAGCACCAACUACUGCACUGACAACUACAACUGAAGCAUUAACAACUACAACUGACGCACCAACGUCUACAACUGAAGCACCAACGACUACAACUGAAGCACCAACUACUACAACUGAAGCACCAACAACUACAACUACUGCACCGACAAGUACAACUGAAGCAUCAACAACCACAACUGAUACACCAACAACUACAACUGAAGCAACAACAACUACAACUAUUGCACAAAAAACUACAACUGAAGCACCAACAACUACAACUACUGCGACAACAAGUACAACUGAAGCAUCAAAAACUACAGCUGAUGCACCAACAACUACAACUAAUGCACCAACCACUACAACUGCAUUACCAAAAUCUACAACUACUGCACCAAUCACUAAAACUGAAGCACCAACAACUACAACUACUGCACAAACAACUACCGCACCAACCACUAGAACUGAAUUACCAACAACAACAACUACUGCACCAGCAACUACAACUACGGCACCAACAACUACAAACACUGCACCAACAAGUACAACUACGGCACCAACAACUACAACCACUGCACCAACAACAAAAACUACUGCACCAACAACUACAACUGAAGUUCCAACAAAUACUGCACCAGCAACUACAACUGAAGUACCAACAACUACAGCUAUCGCACAAAUCACUACAACUAAAGCACCAACAACUACAGAUGAAGCACCAACAACUAAAACUGAAGCAUCAACAACUACAACUGAAGCACCAACAACUACAGCACCAACAACUACAAUUACUGCACCAACAACUUCAACUGAAGCACCAACAACUACAGCUAUUGCACAACUCACUACAGCUGAAGCACCAACACCUACAACUGAACCAUCAACAACUACAACUGAAAGACCAACAACUACAACUGAAGGAACAACAACAACAACUACUGCACCAACGACUACAACUACUGCACCAACGACUACAACGACUGCACCACUGAUUACAACUACUGCACCAACAACUUCAACUGAAGCUCCAACAACUACAACUACAGCACCAACAACUUCAACUGAAGCUCCAACAACUACAACUACUGCACCAACAACUUCAACUGAAGCUCCAACAACUACAACUACUGCACCAACAACUACAACUAUUGCACCAACAACUACAACUGAAGUACCAACAACUACAAUUGAAGCACCAACAACUACAACUGAAGUACGAACAACUACUGCACCAACAGCUACAACUGAAGUACCAACAACUGCAACUACUGCACAAACAACUACAACUGAAGCACCAACAACUACAACUAUUGCACAAAUCAAUACAACUGAAGCACCAACAACUGCAACUGAAGGAACAACAACUACUCCACCAACGACUAAAAUUACUGCACCAACGACUACAACUGAUGCACCAACAACUAAAACUACAGAACCAACAACCACAACCACUGUACCAACAACUAUAAUUACUGCACCAACGACUACAACUACUGCACCACUGAUUACAACAACUGCACCAACAACUUCAACUGAAGCUCAAACAACUACAAUUACUCAACUACUGCACCAACAACUUCAACUGAAGCUCCAACAACUACAACUACUGCACCAACAACUUCAACUGAAGCUCCAACAACUACAACUGAAGAACCAACAACUACAACUGAUGCACCAACAACUACAACUGAUGCACUACCAACUACAACUGAUCCACCAACAACUACAACUGAUGCACCAACAACUACAACUACUGCACCAACAACUUCAACUGAAGCUCCAACAACUACAGCUACUGCACCAACAACUUCAACUGAAGCUCCAACAACUACAACUACUGCACCAACAACUACAACUGAUGCACCAACAACUACAACUGACCCACCAACAACUACAACUGAUGCACCAACAACUACAACUACUGCACCAACAACUUCAACUGAAGCUCCGACAACUACUGCACGAACAACUUCAACUGAAGCUCCAACAAUUACAACUACUGCACCAACAACUUCAACUGAAGCUCCAACAACUACAACUACUGCACCAACAACUUCAACUGAAGCUCCAACAACUACAACUGAUCCACCAACAACUACUGCACCAACAGCUACAACUGAAGUACCAACAACUGCAACUACUGCACAAACAACUACAACUGAAGCACCAACAACUGCAACUACUGCACAAACAACUACAACUGAAGCACCAACAACUACAACUAUUGCACAAAUCAAUACAACUGAAGCACCAACAACUGCAACUGAAGGAACAACAACUAUUCCACCAACGACUAAAAUUACUGCACCAACGAGUAAAACUGAUGCACCAACAACUAAAACUACAGAACCAACAACCACAACCACUGUACCAACAACUAUAAUUACUGCACCAACGACUACAACUACUGCACCACUGAUUACAACAACUGCACCAACAACUUCAACUGAAGCUCCAACAACUACAAUUACUGCACCAACAAUUACAACUACUGCACCAACCACUACAACUACUGCACCAACAACUACAACUGAAGCUCCAACAACUACAACUACUGCACCAACAACUUCAACUGAAGCUCCAACAACUACAACUGAUCCACCAACAACUACUGCACCAACAGCUACAACUGAAGUACCAACAACUGCAACUACUGCACAAACAACUACAACUGAAGCACCAACAACUGCAACUACUGCACAAACAACUACAACUGAAGCACCAACAACUACAACUAUUGCACAAAUCAAUACAACUGAAGCACCAACAACUGCAACUGAAGGAACAACAACUAUUCCACCAACGACUAAAAUUACUGCACCAACGAGUAAAACUGAUGCACCAACAACUAAAACUACAGAACCAACAACCACAACCACUGUACCAACAACUAUAAUUACUGCACCAACGACUACAACUACUGCACCACUGAUUACAACAACUGCACCAACAACUUCAACUGAAGCUCCAACAACUACAAUUACUGCACCAACAAUUACAACUACUGCACCAACCACUACAACUACUGCACCAACAACUACAACUGAUGCACCAACAACUACAACUGAAGCACCAACAACUACAACUGAAGCACCAACAACUACCACUGAUGCACCAACAACUACAACUGAAGCACCAACAACUACAACUGAUGCACAAAC